AUGGACUCCAUAAACUUGAACAUUAAAAUUCCACUGAUUGAAAAAGUGGCAACAAAUGUGAAGGAAAUAAUUUCACACAUAAAACUGAACGAUGGAGUAUAUUUUGACAAGAGUAAAUAUGACAAAGAAGAAAUUCUCAAUAAUUUACAAAGCAAUAAUGUGCAGAAGAAAAUAGAAGCGAUGAAACACAUUUUAAUUGCACAUGUAUUGAAAGAAGAUGUUUCUAUUUUUUUUUUUCAAGUUUUAAACAAUAUAUCUAUUGAUGAUCUAACACUUAAAAAAUUAAUAUAUAAUUAUUUAUCCUUAUAUGCUGAUGGAAAUCCUGAUUUGACUAUACUCACAAUAAAUUCAUUUAAAAAAGAUCUUAAUAAUAAUAACUAUCAAAUCAGAGCUUACGCUUUGAGAUCUAUGUGUUCAAUUCGAUCUCUUGAUAUGAUAAAUGUAAUUAUUGAUUCACUUAAAAUUAUGAGUAAAGAUAAAUCUCCAUAUGUUAGGAAAGCAUCUGCUGAUGUCAUUCCAUCUAUAUACCACAUUGACCCAGAUCAAUUUGUUCUUUUAAGAAAUGUUUUGAUCGAGUUAAUUGGUGACACUCAAAUUACUGUUGUCUCGGCAGCCGUUGCAUCUUUUUGCACUCUGUGUCUAGAGGCCAUUCCUUUGAACGAGGAACUUGUGCAAAAUGAAAUGAAGCCUCAGAUAUGGGAAAAUGGAAGAAGUGGAGAAAAUAUGGUUGAUGGAGAAGAUUCUCUUGAUGGGAGAGAUUUACUGCGCUUAAGUGAACCCAAUGUGGAGGUUCCUCAAGGGAGAGAACAAUUACGUAAAUGCAGCAAUGAUAAUUCUCAAUCCAAAAAGGAAAGAAAAAUAAAAGAUACAUCUUAUGAUGAAAUAAAGAAGCAGAGUAGAAACAUCAAUGGAAAUGAGCAUUUUUACAACUCGCUAUCAUUUCUUCAUCCACAUUACUAUAAAUUGUGCAAGUAUCUUCUUCUAAUGCACCCUUUCCAUCAAUCUUAUUUAAUAGAUUUGCUAUUGAGAUAUUGUAAAUUGUUUUACAAAGAUCCUUUAAAAAAUAAUAAAAUAAAAUUAAAAGGAUUAAUGUCUUUCUUCAACUCUUCGGAUAGUGCUAAUAACACAGAGGAGAAAAAUCAAGUAGAUAUGAAUACAUCUGAUUAUGAUUUUCAAUCCAGUUUGUACAAAGAUGAAAAUUCGACAGAUGCAGAGAAAUGUCGGACCGGGGACCUUGCUAAUGGCUAUGGUAGAGGAACCAAGAAAAGUAAGCCAUAUCAUGUCCCCAUUAGAUCUAAUUUGGUGAAAUAUUCAUAUGACGAAAUGGAUGAUGAUACAUUUGAUGAAUUUCAGCAUUACGAGGUAGAUAUAGAAAUAUUCAUUGAGAAGCUUCUGCUUCUUCUAAGCUCUUGUAGCUACAGCAUAAUCAUACAAGCCAUUUCAGCAUUGUAUCAUUUAACCAAGUUUACCUUUAAAGAUAACAUUAUUAAAGCCAUUAUAGCAUGUAUAAUAAAAAGCACCACAGAGAAAAAUGACCUAGUAUAUGAAAUUUUUCUAAAAAGUGUACAAUCGAUUAUAAUUUGUUUGAGGGAAGAAUUUUGUGCAUAUAUUUCCUUUUUCUAUAUUAGUUGUCUGGAUAGUAAUAUGAAAAAAUCGCUCAAGAUAGACAUGUUGUAUAUACUUACAAAUGAGCAUAACAGAAUGAUUGUUUUGGACGAAUUGUUUCAUGCACUUUUUCAACCAGGAAAUAAUGAAUUUAUAGUGAAGAAAUUAUUUAAGCAUAUUACUGCAAUAUCUUUAGCGGAUUCAUUAUGCCUGUCCAAAGUCAUGCAUUAUAUCAUGCUUAUGUUAAAUUCGGACAUAAAACUGUAUUCAUAUGAAUCCAUUUUAUCCCUAAGGAAGCUUCUAAGACAGAGUGAAAGAAAUCAUAUUGUACAAAUUACCUUCUUCUUGAUCAAAAUUUUUUUUAAAAUUAAUUCGUAUGAGGUUAAAAUCUCUGUAUUGUGGACUUUGGCAAAGUAUCAGAAUUGCAUCGACCAUUUAUUGUUAUUCGACAUGGUUCGCAUGUUAGCCAAAUCUUUUAACAGCUUCGAGGACCCACUUAAGCUACAGGUUCUUCACUUUGUUUUCAAGGUGUGGAUUUAUCAGUACGCCUGUUGGUUUGUUAACGGGGGAGAAGUGGCAGAGGAAGAAGUUGCAGAGGAAGAAGUUGCAGAGGAAGAAGUUGCAGAGGAAGAAGUGGCAGAAGAAGAAGUGGCAGAAGAAGUGGCAAAAGAAGUGAUGGAAGAGGGAAACGAAGGAGACUCGAGUUUGCGUGGGUGCCGAACCGAUGUGCACCUCCCCUCGCAAGAAGAAACAUGCCAAGCUAGGAAAAUGAAAUUAUCUCCAAUGAGGGAUUACAGGAGAGAAGAAAAUUCUGUGACAGCUACAAGUAUAUAUCUGGAACAGCGGAGGGGUGAUAGAGAAAAAGAGGGAAUCAAAGGCAUAAGGAGGAAAAGAAACAACAAGAGAUGCUCAACUAGUAUGACAAGACACAUGGAAGACUUUGAAAAGUUUGAAAUUCUGUGUAAUGAAUCGUUUCGACAAGGAUCACAAGGUGAUGAGCAUUUUGAUAUUCAGGAGACGAGCAAAUUUUACGCAACCAUUAUGCUAAGAAUAAAACAGCUGAAAAAAGAAAAAAAAGAAGAUCUUAAUUGGACAAUGUUGAAAAGGAAUCUUUUCAAAGAACCAGUUAACAAUUAUACCUUGCCACUGUGUUAUUUAAAAUGUAUUUUUCUCGAUACUGGCAUAUCGGAUAUUCCUAACAUUUCUGACAUGUCUGAUACGGUGCGUUUAAGCAGAGAGGAAAUGCAGAAAAUGUACAACUCGCCCUUUCUGGAAUCAGAAAGAGAAGAUGAACAUGAAGAUAUCCAAAUCGAUUUGAAAAAUCCAAUCGUUCUUCAGUUAAACACUAUAUCAAGCAUACUUAAUAGAAAACUCCCAACUUAUGUUGAUUUACCCGAUUUUGCUGAAAAUGAUUUAUCAAAAAGUGCCCAUAUCACUAAUAAGGAUAAAAAAAAAAAGAAGGUGACCAGUAUAUCUUCAAAAGAUAUACACAUGAGCUUCAAUGCAAACAUGAUUAAUGAUCAUAUAUUUUCCAAUUUGGACGACUUUUACAGAGAUGAUAAUGCUAAGCUCAUGGAACACCAAAUGAGGGGUUUAAAAAGCACACAAAGUACACACAAACCGACAUAUACGCAAUCACAAGAAACUUCUAAAAAUUUGCUAAACAAUAAGGGAACCAGAAUUCUUGGUGAAGACGACGAGUCCGAUGACGAACAAAAUGAGUCCUCAUCCAAAAUAUGCGAUGACAUGGCCAAUGCAUAUAUAGACGAAUUGCCUACUGUUGAAAAUUUUCGAAAAAUAAAUGAUCAGGAAAUUAAUGACAUAGAAAAUUUCUUCUUCAGUGAUGAAGACUGA